UCAGGACCUGCAGGGUUCCUACCCCUUCAAUCCUAAGUGGGGCCAGCCAGACCUUGGCCCACCCACCUCACCCUUUGGGUAGAAGACUAGCAUUUCCUGCUUCCUGAGUUGCUGGCUACUGGCCUCGGAAGGGAGUGGCUGAGCUGGGGCGUCUGAGCAGCCGCAGGGAGGGGAACUGCAUGCCCAGCACAGGUCCUGAGCCAUGGACCGCAGCCAUGCUAGCCUAGAGUCCCAGGCCAAGAGACCAGGUGUGAUCGCGCCAGUGCGCGCCGUGCUCCGUCUGCGCCGCCGAGUCUGCGUCCUGCGCAAGAGGCGCUUCUUACAGCCAGGCACUGAGCCGGACGCUGGGACUGAGAAACUCGGGCCCAGCGGCAGCUUGGGGACUCUGCGUGCCGACCUAGACCAACCUAAAUUCUUCACCUUCGACAGCCUGACAGAGCUAUCUUCUAGGACACCCCGCAAGAGGCGCAGGCGUAGUCGGGUGGUGCUCUACCCGGAAACCUCACGGAAGUGCCGACCUCGCACAGAGCAGCGGCAGAGUCGUGCACAGCGUUGCCUGCUACUUCUUGUAGCCAUUGUGGGGUUCCAAGUUCUCAACGCCAUUGAGAAUCUGGACGAUAAUGCACAACGUUACGACCUCGACGGGCUAGAGAAGGUGCUGCAGCGUUCUGUGUUCGGCCAGCCAGCUGCUGUGGGCCGCAUCAUGGCCCUGCUGCGAGAUUAUCUGGCUACACAUGUGCACAGUCAUCCCUUGCUCCUGGCACUGCACGGGCCCAGUGGUGUAGGCAAGAGUCACGUAGGGCGCCUGCUGGCACACCACUUUCGCGCAGUGCUGGAGGACGGUGCUUUGGUUCUGCAGUACCAUGCAAGACAUCACUGUCCGGAGCCACGUCCGGUUCAGGACUGUCGGAAGGAACUGGCACAGCGUGUGGCUGACGUGGUGGCACAGGCUGAGGCUGAGGAGAAGACUCCUCUCUUGGUCCUGGACGAGGCUGACCUCUUGCCACCUGCGCUGCUGGAUGAGCUGCACGACUUCCUGCAGCCACAGCGCUCGCACCAUUUCCACAAUGCUAUCUAUGUACUCCUAAGUGGCGCGGGGGGUAUAGAGAUCACACACUUUGUGCUGCAGAAUGCUUCACGGAUGUUGCCCCCACCCCGCCACAGUGCAGGCAGUACUCAGACUGAGGAAUCACCAGCUGAGGAGUUACACACCAGUCUUCGAGAGCUCCUGGCCAGAGAACACCCUCUGUGGAACACUGCAGCCAUCGUGCCCUUCCUGCUACUGGACAAACCAGAUGUGGUCAACUGUUUCAGAGAGGAGAUGGCAGGGGAGGGAUUUUUUCCUGAGCAGGCACUGGCAGAGCAUCUGGCAGAGCAGCUCAGCUAUUACCAUGUUGCUGGACAUGAAUUUGCCAUCACUGGCUGCAAACAGGUGGUAGCUAAGGUCAAUCUCUUGCAGCCCAAGCCUGCACAUGCUGGACAUUAGCCUGUGGGCCCAGGCAUUUGAACUGUUGAAGAAAACAGGAAGAAUGUCCGGUGAUUUGUGGCACCCAAGCUGGUUCACCCCAGGAGCUAGGGAGGCUGAGCUCCACUUCCUCUUCACCCCGAGCCUUGAGAUUCCCUACGGUCACCAAGAAAGCAGCUACCUUCCUGUAUGGAGUCUUCCCCACACCCCCAGCUCCCACUAUGUCCCAGAAACAUGUGAUAGGGCCUCCCAUAACUCUAGGGGGUAGCCAGUGUGCACUUACGUGAGAUUGUCUCAGAGGGUGUGAGGCUGUGGUAGGUAGGAUUCUGGUCCUCUGGAACAUGUAGCAGCCUCCAUGAUGCUCACAAAAUCCCAUCCCUUGAAUACCUCCUUAGCUUAGAGGCCACAAGGUGGGGAAUGCUUCUCAGGCCUGCCUCAGAAGGCAGUGGAGUGGUUAGAUGCCUACAAACCAAUGAGUAGAUCCUGUGGAAUUCUUCCAGUGCUUUGGAGUAUGGACCUAAGGAGAGACCUCUUGAGACUGGCUGCCUGUUUGCCCCAGAGAUAGAUAUACAGAGUGGCUUUGGAGUCAGCUACAAGAUUCAGGGUCCUGCUCACCAGAAGAGGUUAGAGAGGAGGAGGUGAUGUGUCUCCACCCACCCUAGGGAGACUUCCUGUGAAACCACCAAGCUCAGGAUUCCCAAGAAAGUCUGUCCUGCUGAGGAACUCACCCCUUGUAGUAGCCCCUUCCAACCCCCACCUCUGGAGUAACAGCAGUUGAGUCUACAGCAAAUAGUGGCAGCAGUGGCAGUGAACCGUGCCUUGAGACUGGCUGGCUUUCUGUGGGAAGCCGGAAGCAUGAGGCCAGUGGGGUGGGGUCGGGUGGGCAGGUGCCAAGGCCUCUGCCUGCCUGUACUGUGCUGGACUUGAAGACCUCUUUUCCCCUGACAGUGUAACUGUCUGGUUACCACAGUUACAUGUGGGUAAGGUUCCUUGUAGCCUUUGGUGUCCUGGGUUCAGCCUCUGUUUCUGUUUGUGUGGAAUUUGCUAAGCAGGGGGCAUUUUAGUACUCUGGCCAUGUCUGUGUUGCCACCUAGUGGCUGCUCCCAGACUUUGCCUGUGAAUGUCAUUCUGGGUUAGAAAGUGGCACAUCCAAAAGUGGGACUUGAGGGCACACAGCAAGUGGCGACACUAGAAGAGAUUAGAAAGGAGGAGGAGCCUCUCAAUGGGGGUUAUAUGUUCUCUGCCACACUGGGGGAGGCCUGCUGCAAAACCACUCAGGCUCAGGUUUCCCCAGAGAGCUCACUAGCAGGCUACCAUGCAGGUCCUGUAGGUUUGUCUUACGUGCGCCUUGCGUGGUCUGAGGAUCUGUGUGUGGGUACUGUUCAGUUCUUGCAGGAUGAUGCCAAGAAGGUCCCCAGGAUUGUCACCUGAAAACCUACCUGGAAGUGUCUCCCACCAAGUGUUGCUUGUAGCCGUUCAUUUAACGUCUACAGGGCAUUGAUUUAGUGAGGAUCCAAACCCAUGAAGCGUUUUUAUUUAUUUAUAAAACGUGUACUUCUAAAAUAAUUUCAUGGAGACUAGUUUCUGGUCUAAGGAGGCCUAUGCACUCAGCGCUGAGUAGGCUGCAUCAUGCCCAAAAAUAAACCGCAGCUCAAAUCUACCCA